UUCACUAAGUUGGCUCUUUCAGAUGCCUUCAGACCACGCCAUAGGACAACAGGAGCAGAGCAUCUUGGCCCGCAAGGGGAGAUGCCUGGCCUCUGUUUCAAUGGCUGUCCGGUUUAUUUCUUAAUACACGUGUAGCCCACUCUUACUUCUCGAAAUAGGGCUGCCUAUAAGGUUCUCUCUCUCUCUCUCUCUAACCCCCCCGCCUCACAUUUCAUCAUCCGAACAAUCCACUCCCUGCACCCAAAUGUUAUCCUCUCAACAACCCUGCAAGUGUAGAACCCUCUUUUUGUUCCGGAGAGUUCCGUACAAAGACAUUUGUUUGUGGGAGAUCGUCUCAGGGAUGGGAAUGGAAGAGGGUGCUGACCCAACAGCAGGGAAAAGACCUCAGAGCACAGAAACACCACUUUAUGUCGUCCAGUCUGGGAGUAUCCAGGAAUUCCUGCAAAGGAGACCAGCAGAAGAAGUGAAAGGAGAACAAGACAGAGGUCAGCUUCAGAGAUGGGAAGUUCAUUGGCCAGAACUGCUGAAGAUGGUGGAGGCUCCUUGCCUGGACUGGGAGGUCCCACCUCUUCCAGGGGAGCCUACCCCGUGGGACGACGUGAGGGCCUUCCUGGCCUCCUUUGAGCAAGUAGCCAAAGCCUGCCGGUGGCCCCGGGAAGAGUGGGCAGCCCGGCUCCUGCCAGCCCUCAGCGGAGAAGCCGAGAGGGCCUUUUUCACAUUAGCGGCCAGAGACAGAGAGGAUUAUGGGAAGGUUAGGGCAGCCAUUUUGCACAGAGACUCCAUCAGCCGGGAGAAGAACCGCCAGCACUUCCGGCAUUUCUGCUACCAGGAGGCCGAGGGGCCCAGAGGGGCCUACAGCCAGCUCCAGGAGCUUUGCCAUGGGUGGCUGAAGGUGGAGAGGCACUCUAAGGAGCAGAUCCUGGAGCUGCUGAUCCUGGAGCAGUUCCUGGCUGUCCUGCCAGUGGAGGUCCAGAGCUGGGUCAGGAAAUGCAGCCCAGAGACCUGCUUCCAGGCGGUGGCCCUGGCCGAGGACUUCCUGCUGAAGCAACAAGAGUCCCAGAUACAAGAAAAUCAGGCCCUGACACCGUUUGAUGAGGUGGCUGCGAGUGUCUUCGAGGCAGGCCAGGCUCUGCCUGAGGUGAAGGAGAUGCUGCUGUGCGUCGAAGCCAGGCAGAGAGGGGGUGGGGAUGACACAGCCACGGCAGGUAAAGGGUGGCUAACCCUCGAAGCAGCUGAGGACAAUCCACCAGACUAUUUAGAGAGAGUGGAACCAUGUGGAACAUCAAUGUGGAAAGCCAAGGAGAUCUUUCCUCAAUGCCCUGAGCAAGAAAUCACCACUGAAGAUUGCCCCAGAGCAACAUUCCAGAAGACGGCUCCUGGGGAGAGAGUGGAUCACUCUGUUCCUUAUGGCAGAAGUUAUCAGGUUCUUCAGGAAACAAUAGCUCACCGAAGAAUACCAACUGGUAGGAGGCAAAAUAUCGGCAGUGCUCGUAAGAACAGCAAGCGAAGCUCCAUGUCCUUUGACUAUCAGCGUGCACGCGGGAGGGGCAAGCCAUACAAAUGCGUGGUUUGCGGGCAAGGCUCUCGAUAUCGAUCGGACUUAAUUGUUCAUCAGAGAAUCCACACUGGGGAAAGACCCUAUGAAUGCUUGUACUGUGGGAAAAGCUUCCCUUACAAAUGUAGCCUUAACAGACACUAUAAAAUUCACACAGGCGAGAAACCAUACGCCUGCCCUGUGUGCGGGCAGAGGUUCUCCAGCAGUACAAACCUUAGCAGGCACCAGAGAAUCCACACAUGACGUCAGCCAGCUUGAUCUGCGGGGAUAGUCUCAGUUCUGAUUGGCCGUGAGGAGUUGGUUGCUGCUGGAAUAUUCAAAGACAAGCUUCUGGGGUGGGGUGGGAAGUCAUGAUUUUGGGGACUCAGAAGGUGCUAAUGUUCAGUUCAAUUAUUUAUUGCUUACUUCAAUAAAGACCCAUUUUCUUGCCUGCACCGAUUGUCUUUUUAAGACAUUUUAUUGAUUGUGUGCUUGAGAGAGGGUAGUGGUAUUUUGCAGGGGAGGCAGAUCCAUGUGGGCAAGUGGGACACUGCCGCACCAACCUUAGUCUUCCAUCAGCUAGCCCCCACCUGCCUGCCUUCCUAUUUACAACCAGUCCAGGGGGUGGCCAUGGCUAUCAGCUGCCUCCUGCUUACUUUCAGU